AUGAUCUUCAAAUCUUUGCUCCUCUCAUCACUUUUGGCCACUGGCCUCGCUUUAUACAUACCUCAUGAGGACAUCACGAGCAAAGAAUGCGAUUGUUCUGGAGAACAUGUUCGUGAGAACAACAAGCUCAAGCAUAUUUACAUCUGCGGCGAUGAACGUCUUGGGCCUACAGACCUCCCCACGAACCUCCCUCUUAGCACAUAUGUUGCAGGCUAUGACCGUUUCGGAGGCUUGACUCCCAACGAAUUUCUGGAGAAGUGGUGGAAUAACACUGCCAGACCCGAUGGUAAAAAGCCAGUUGGCUGGACGUAUCCGUUGAAGAACGGGUUUGAGUUGGACGACGAUGAACGGCCUAUCAGGGCAAACGUGAAUCUUGCGCCAGGAACGCUGGUUGACAGAUUCGGAGAACCUACAGGUCGUUAUCUCUCUCCUGCUACAGCCCCCUUUUCGCAAAGAGCUCUCCACCCUGGGAAUCUCAUCACUGGGGAGAACAAAGAAUUUCCCAACAACUAUCAUGUGUACAAGGUGACCAAGUCAUUUACCGUUCAGGCAGGACCUAUCAGGCCAUGGUUUGGUCAGCCAGGCUACGGCGUGCAGUUCUUCCUCGGUGUUGGCAUCACGGUGAAAGACUACCUGGACAACGGAAGUCUACAAUGGGUUAACGCAUCAGCCCUGGUUAGGGAGGCAAAGCACUGCGCACUGAGUGGAGGAGAUACUGAUUUAGAGUCAGAAGAGCUCUAG